AUGCUCCCUCGUUACAAUAGAUUUGAAUCACUUCCCGCGGAAGUCGCUGAGUCCAUAGUUCAAUGGGUUGUGGCCGAAUAUGAUAGCCAUUCGUGUGAAUUCUAUAUCCAGGGGCCUCGUAAGCGCAGAUUGAUGCGAAUGUCCCUCACAUGUAAGAUAUUGGCUGGAAUAUCUUUGCGGUUGCUAUGGGAAACUAUUUUUGAUGGAGAUUUCAAGCUGGAAAUCUUCAAGAGUUUGUUAAAAUCCUUGCCUCCCAACGUUAAGCAGAACUUGGGUAUUCAUGAAUUGCUUCCCGAAAACCCGUAUGUCCCGUAUAGCGAGUACGUAAGGUCUGUCUCAUUGGAGAAGUUAUUUUAUUACAUUGAAGAGUGGCUCGAACAAGCCCCUCAAAGCUCGUCCAUCACGAAUACACCUGAUACGCAAAGACGAAUUGUUUGUGCAAUAUUUAAACAGUUCAAGAUUAAUGGGAGACCACUUGAAAAACUUCGUUCGGUUGGCUUCCAUGAAAAUCCGAAUUACUGCGUUAUCCUAGACCCGUACUAUUUGAGUUGGAUUGCACAAAUAAAUAUCUUGGUUAUCAGAGGCUCAUACGAUAUUACUCCUCUCGUGAGUAGAUUAGCGGAAAGAUGUACAACUAUUUCCAAGAUCGUUUUCAGCUUUUAUUAUUUCGGUCAGACUCCCUUUACUAGAAGCAUGAGCUCAGCCCUGAAAUUGAUACAAGCCCAAACAAAACUCCAAUCUCUCAUCUGGAAUGGUAUUCACGGAAAGCAAAGAAUUGACGGGAAUCCGGAUUCCGAUGAGGAUGUUGUCGAGAAUGUGGAGAUCGGAGAAGAUAGUGACAUUCUCGGCAACGAUCCAACGGAAAUACUCUCUGUUCUACCUGCUCACGCUCGUACCCUUACUUAUCUUCGGAUGGCGAAUAUGGAUUUUAAAAAAGUACAAUCGUUGGAAGAUUUAGCAGCUUGUCGUAACUUGGAAACUAUUGCUUUUAUACACUGUAAAAAUAUUACCGAAGAAGCUAUUCAACCAAUGAUGGAUCAAACUUUUGCCAAAUUAAAACUGGUUGAAUUGUCCUAUUGUACAAAUUUCGAUGCAAUGGAGAAAUUCGCGCAGAUGCGCGGAGUCCUUCAUAAAAAAUGGAAUAGAGAUAUAAUGACCCUAUGGACAUAG